AUGGCUCGUAUACGGUCGCACCCCCUUUACGAGCUCUGGUACCCUCAAGUAGUCAUCCUUCAAGACAAUGAUGCGGCUAUCAAACAUCUCGACGACAUCUAUCCAGAUAUUCCUAAAGAAGGGGACACCGUCGGCAUAUCCAUCACGUUGACUCAUACAAACAACAUACGUCUAGUUUCUAUAUGCCAUGGCGAGUCCGUAUACACAUUCGAUAUCAAGCUCAUGGGUGCGUUUCCCCCGCGUCUUCGAGGUCUUUUGGAAGACGAAGAUGUCGUAAAGAUUGGGCGUGGAAUCAUCAACAUUACUUGGUGUUUAUAUCACGAACAUGGUAUCAAGCUGGUUAUGGGCGGAGAAAUCUCUCGCCUCCAUCGUAUUUCCGACGCUAGCAACAGGAAUAUUGGCGAACCAUUCAAUAACCCGGUCCUAUUAUCUGCAAUUGCAGAGCGGUGGCUCGACAAGACCAUCGACAACGACUAUAUCCAAUGUCGGUGGGUGGAUAAAUUCGAACUUGUACAUUACAAACAGGCGUCAGCAGUAGCCGGUGUCGUCGGUCAAUCAUACCACGCGAUUAGAGAAAGCAAUCCAGUGGACAGUGUCGCAAAUAAAUAUUGGAUUUUCACUAGCGUCGAACACGCUACGGGGACUGUCUUGGGUCGAUGCGAACAGUUCCCAUUGCAUUCCCUUGCUGACGGCUCAUGCAUCGAACCACUUCGAAUGGCUACAGACAGGAUACGCGCAACGCUGACGGAAGCAGACUUGCACGCUCAACGUAUUGGUAUCCAAACCAACGUGGAGCGUCAAUACCGGCAUAUCGUCCGACUGUGCGAGGAUAUCGAACGAGCUGUACACACUUAUGAUCAUUCAGUCGAGGAAGCUCACGAGCAGUAG